UCACGAACUUCGAGGGCGAGCUCGGAGGAAGGACCACAUCAUCGAGGAACUGAUCAAGAUGCAUCCGAGUCAUGGUCUCAAUAAGGUCCGCGGAGGAGACGCAGAAGAAGCCCUUCGGAGUGACCUUGCGGCGAUGACGGUGAAGGUGGAGCGUCUGGAGCAGCAGGUGAGGGACGCCCUUGCAGCAGGAGCCUCGAAGGACGCCCGGGUGACCGAACUGACGAGGCAGCUGGACGCCCAUCGCCAGGAACACGCCCGCCAAGCUGCUACAAUAGUCACCCUCCGUCAGAAGCUGCAGGAGGAGGAGUCCGCCUGCGUGUCCUUAAGAGCCAACCAGCGGAGGAGCGAAUAUUCUCUGGGCGCCAUUAAUAGGGAGAACAGGCAGUAUGCGGACAGGAUUAGCGAACUCGAGUGCAGGUUGAGCCUGGGUGACCUCGACCCGAAGGAUGCGCAGGAGAAGUUGUCGUCGAGGUUGGCUGAGCUCGUUGGGCAGGAAUGCGCGAGACUUCGAAGCCAAACGCUUCAGCUGGACGAGUCGCUUCAGCUGGCCGAGGGCGAAGCGGGCUCGGCGAGACAGACCGUUUCGCGACUCGUAAACGAACUGGACGACGAGAAGAGGACGGUCGAGGAGCAGAAACUCGCCCUUACGGAAUUCAGGAAGGAGAACGACGACCUGAGGACCCGACUGCGAGCCCUGGAGGAGGAGGUGAAGAGCGUGCGGGAGAGACUCCACAACACCAACAAGUCCUACAACGCGACCCUGGAGGAACUGCACGCGGCCGAGAAGCAACUGCAGCAGGCAAGGAGCGAGGUCGAGAGCCGUGGUUUCCUGACGACGGUGGCCGCCCUUCUGUCGACCCCCGAGCAGCGCGUGGCUCCCGACGUCCAGGCCAUCAAUGACAGGAUUCAGGGGCUCGUGGCAGCCAAUAGGGAGGCGGCGGAGCACAUCGAGCGCCUAACCUCGCAAGUGACGAGUCUGGGCGAGCAGUCGAGGCGCCAAUCCGAACUCUACGAGACGGCAGUGAAGCGCGGGCGGCAGUGCGAGGCGGAGGUGCACGCGCUCACCCACAGAGGGCGGCAGCUGGAGGCCGAUGCGCAGACGGCGGAGGCUGCGAGGGAGCACGUGGUCAUCGAGAAAGAGAAGACCGAACGGCUCUUGAACCGUGUCGUCGAGGCUCUGGGGCUGACGGAGAUGGGUCAAGAGGUCACCAAUGACGUCGAGAUGAUCAUUUGCCGAUGUCAACAGCUGGCCAAGCUUGAAGGAGAGAAGAUAGUGGACAAAACGACCACCGUGUACCAGCUGCAACGGAAGGUUAAGAGUCUCCGGGAGGCAGUUGACCGGAAGGACCUCCACGUGGAUAUGCUGCGUCGGAAGCUUGCCCUGACGGAGGACGCUGCGAGGGCCUCGAGACACCUGGAGGAGGAGAGAGAUGAACUGAUUGCCAAGUACAAGCGCCAAUGCCGGAUGGUCGAGCGACUCAAUUCCGAACUGGGCGAAACCCGACUCCAGCUUCGAGACCUUCAGGCGCAACUUGCUGACGCUGCGGAGGAAAAGGGUCGCUCGACGCAACAGCAGAAGAAAGUGGAAGAAUUAACGGCGAAGAUUAACGAACUGGACGCAAUACGAUCACGACAACAAAAGAAAAUAACGCAAAUGAAGGAACAGAUCAAAGCCCAUGGAGAACACAUGCUUGAAGAACGCCGUGUGAACGAAAACAGUCUCGAAGGCAUAACACAAGAACUCGCCGUCACCAAGCAAGCAGUGAGAGACCUAACACGCAGAGAGAAGCAGCUCCAAGAAUUUCGUCGGGCUGUGGUGAGUUUACUUGGUCUAGACGGAGAUCCUGGAGCCGAGGGAGAUUACGAGGCCAUCUGUCGGCUGGAGCGUGUCGUCGGCGCCCAUCGGGAACUCAACGAUCUGUCACGGCGAAUCGAUGAGAUGACGGCGCCUUCGAGACCCAAUAGUCGAAACUCAUCCCUCAAUGGUAUCACUUCUGGCUGCCCGAACAGCGCCAGGACACUCGCCAGUCGUUCACCGCCCCUCAGGUCGCCCACACGCCCCUCCUCAGCCGCUCCCCCCUACAGGCUGGAUUCGCCACCGAGCGGCUCGCCACCUCUCGCAUGGACCAAGGCUUUCUCGACAUGUCGAGGAACUCCGCGCCUUGCUGACGACGCCCACAACCACCGCCCACAAGCCAGACACUCGAGACGCCCGCCCUCCGCCCACGCCCGGACCCCGAGCCCGACGAAACGCCCGUCCACGGAUGAGGAUGAAUAUAGCUGA